CAGGUAGACUUGUGUAACACUCGUAUGGUGGCUUUCGCGAAGAGCGCCGUAGGAACGAUCAGCAUCGUGUCAGCAGCAAGAGCCGCAUGAGGAAACAUUCUGCUCGAUGAAGCUCCACCCAGCUUCAAGACAUGGACUCUUCUCCCUUCAGCGGUCGAUUCUCCUCACCUCAAUCGAACGGCUCUUCUCAACGACGCGCAAUAUCCAUCGUGCAAAAUACCCAGAUUGGACACUCGAGCCACCAACCAAUCACCGCCCGCGCAACCACGACCAUCAAUCAAGCCAUAGCAUGCGCAGCGCGCCCUCCUCUACUGCAAAUAUCGCAACACGCAAGAGGCACCCAAAAUAGCACAACAUCCCUUGACACUGCUGUGCCUCUUGUUUGACAUUGACCAGCUCUAACCUGUUCCUGGCAGCCCGCGAUGCCGAAGCAAUAUCCGCCCAGGCAUCUGAGGGAUGGAAGUGACGAGCACAGCGCGGUAGAUUCGCAACGCGUGGGAGAGGGGGGGACGGAAGACACCGGCGGGAGCACGCAGUAAAGUACGCAGACGAUGCAACCCGCCCGUCGUCCGUCAUCAAAACGGCUUGGAAGCCAUCUGCGAUACCACACCGUACCGCACCGCACUGUGCCUCCACGAUACUACGCGCUCUUGCAACCCGUCCCGUUCGCGCUGUCAGCCUGCCAUCCAGUGCCUCCACCAUGCAGCUCACCGUAACCCUCCUCGCGCUCACCAGCCUCA